GGAGGCGCAUCCCUUAGCAGCAUUACGGUACUAGCCGGCCCUGUCCGCUGCUCUGGAGUACCAGGAGUAGACCGCACCGCUCUCCCUGUUCCAGGCGCUCCCGUCUCCCCCGUGUCCUCAGCCGGCGGGCACCGAGGCAGACAUGGCAGAGCGCCGCGCCUUCGCACAGAAAAUCAGCAGAACUGUGGCUGCCGAGGUACGAAAACAGAUAUCGGGACAAUAUGGUUCCCCACAGCUCCAUAAAAACUUAAAUGUUGGAGGGUCACACCAUGCCACAGUUCCCCUUACUGAGGCGGUAGACCCAGUAGACUAUGAAGAUUAUCUGGUCACUCAUCCUGUGGUCAUAGACUCCGGUCCCGUAAGAGACUUGUAUGAAUUUCCUCCCGACGAUGUGGAAGUUGUGUACACUCCCAGGGAAUGCAGAACCAUGGUCUCUUCUGUACCGGAUGAGAGUGAAUUGGAUCCCCAUGUCAAAGACUGUGUUCGAAGUUAUACAGAAGAUUGGGCGAUCGUGAACAGGAAGUAUCACAAACUAGGAACUGGGUUUAAUCCAAACACAUUGGACAAACAAAAAGAAAGGCAAAAAGGUUUACCAAAGCAAGUCUUCGAGUCAGAUGAUGUUCCAGAGAACAGCGUCUAUCAGGAUGACCAGGAUGAUUUGAAGAGACGCUCUAUGUCAAUAGAUGAUACUCCGCGUGGAAGUUGGGCUUGUAGUAUUUUUGACCUUAAAAACUCCUUACCUGAUGCUCUUCUUUCUAACUUACUUGACCGUACGCCAAAUGAAGAAAUUGAUCACCAAAACGAAGACCAAAGGAAUUCUAACAGACACAAAGAAUUGUUUGCUUUGCACCCUGCUCCAGAUGAGGAGGAACCUAUUGAACGACUGACUGUUCCUGAUGUGCCAAAAGAGCAUUUUGGGCAAAGGCUUCUAGUAAAAUGCUUAACUCUUAAAUUUGAAAUAGAAAUCGAACCAAUUUUUGCAAGUUUAGCUUUAUAUGAUGUCAAAGAGAAGAAAAAGAUUUCAGAAAACUUUUUCUUUGACCUAAACUCUGAGCAAAUAAAAGGAAUGCUGCGCCCACAUGCCAACCCUGCGGCUAUUAGCACAUUGGCAAGGUCUGCCAUUUUUUCCAUCACCUAUCCUUCCCAAGAUGUGUUUUUGGUGAUAAAGCUGGAAAAAGUAUUGCAACAGGGAGAUAUUGGAGAGUGUGCAGAGCCCUAUAUGAUAUACAAGGAAACAGACACUGCAAAAAACAAAGAAAAAUUAGAAAAACUAAGAAGCCAAGCAGAACAGUUUUCCCAGAGGUUGGGGAGAUACCGCAUGCCAUUUGCUUGGACUGCAAUUCAUUUAAUGAACAUUGUGAGCAGUGCUGGAAGUUUAGAACGGGAUUCUACUGAUGUUGAAAUUGGACCUGGAGAACGUAAGGGGUCCUGGUCUGAACGAAGGAAUUCUAGCAUCGUCGGAAGGCGGUCCUUAGAGCGCACCACAAGCGGGGAUGAAUCUUGCAACUUGACAAGUUUCCGACCAGCCACUCUGACAGUGACAAAUUUCUUUAAACAGGAAGGAGAUCGCCUUAGUGAUGAAGAUCUGUUUAAGUUUCUUGCUGAUAUGCGAAGACCAUCUUCUGUGUUAAGGAGAUUAAGACCUAUUACUGCUCAGCUGAAGAUAGAUAUAUCCCCAGCCCCAGAAAACCCCAGUUACUGCCUUACACCAGAAUUGUUACAAGUGAAAUUUUACCCCGACAGUAGAGUGAGACCAACAAGGGAGAUUUUGGAGUUCCCAGCAAGGGAUGUGUAUGUCCCAAACAGUACGUACAGAAAUCUUCUCUAUGUGUAUCCACAAAGCCUUAAUUUUGCAAAUCGCCAGGGAUCUGCACGGAAUAUAACUGUGAAAGUCCAGUUCAUGAGUGGGGAGGAUCCAGCCAAUGCCCUUCCAGUUAUCUUUGGCAAAUCAAGUUGUUCAGAAUUCUCAAAAGAAGCAUAUACAGCAGUCGUUUACCAUAACAGAUCACCAGAUUUCCAUGAAGAAAUAAAGAUUAAACUUCCAGCAACACUAACAGAUCAUCACCACUUGCUGUUUACAUUCUACCAUGUCAGCUGUCAACAAAAACAGAAUACUCCUCUUGAAACUCCAGUUGGAUACACAUGGAUACCUAUGCUUCAAAAUGGGCGCUUAAAAACUGGACAGUUCUGUUUGCCUGUUUCUUUAGAAAAACCUCCUCAGGCUUAUUCUGUGCUUUCCCCAGAGGUUCCUCUUCCAGGUAUGAAAUGGGUGGAUAAUCACAAGGGAGUUUUCAAUGUUGAGGUUGUUUCUGUUUCUUCUGUUCAUACACAAGAUUCGUAUGUUGACAAGUUUUUUGCCCUUGUUCAUGCCCUGGAUGAGCACAUGUUCCCAGUUCGCAUAGGAGACAUGAGGAUUAAUGAAAACAAUUUUGAAAGUGAAUUAAAAAGUAGCAUUUUGGCUCUGAACUCGGCCCAUUUAGAAGCAGUUGUUCGGUUUCUUCACCUGUUACUAGAUAAAUUGAUACUGUUAGUUGUGCGGCCUCCAGUCAUCGCUGGUCAGAUUGUUAACCUAGGUCAAGCUGCAUUUGAGGCAAUGGCUUCCAUUACAAAUAGAUUACACAAGAACCUGGAAGCAAAUCAUGAUCAACAUGGCAGAAACAAUCUCCUUGCAUCGUAUAUCCAUUAUGUCUUCCGAUUGCCAAACACUGAUCCAAACUCUCCGUCUCCAGGUGCUGGUGGUUUGGGCGGAUCAAUGCAUUACGCCACAAUGGCGAGAUCAGCAAACAGGCCAGCAAGCCUUAAUUUAAAUCGCUCACGGAGCCUUAGCAACAGCAACCCUGAUAUAUCGGGGACUCCCUCAUCACCAGAUGACGAAGUGAGAACAAUAAUUGGCAGUAAGGGUUUGGACCGCUCCAACUCCUGGGUAAAUACAGGUGGUCCCAAAGGGUCUCAGUGGGGAACUAACCCCAGCCCAAGUGCUGACUCCAUGCAGGGCUUGGAUCGCAGUUGUAAUCGCAUGUCUUCGCAUACAGAGACCUCAAGUUUCUUACAAACCUUAACUGGACGCUUACCAACUAAAAAGCUUUUCCAUGAAGAACUAGCUCUGCAGUGGGUUGUUUGCAGUGGAACGGUGCGAGAGGCUGCUCUUCAGCAAGCUUGGUUUUUCUUUGAAUUGAUGGUAAAAAGUAUGGUUCAUCAUUUAUACUUUUCAGAUAAGCUGGAUUCCCCUCGGAAACAUCGAUUUCCUGAACGGUUUAUGGAUGACAUAACUGCCUUAGUUAGCACAAUGGCCAGUGACAUAGUCACUAGGUUUCAGAAGGACACAGAAAUGGUGGAAAGACUUAACAUCAGCCUUGGAUUCUUUCUCAACAAUCUGUUGUCGGUUAUGGACAGAGGUUUUGUGUUUUGCCUUGUUAAAGCCUACUUCAAACAGGUUUCUUCCAAACUGUACUUGUUGCCAAAUCCAAGUAUACUGGUGUCUCUAAGGUUGGAUUUCCUGCGUAUAGUUUGCAGCCAUGAACAUUAUGUCACCCUAAAUUUGCCCUGUAGUUUGCUCACUCCACCAUCAUCUCCGUCCCCAUCAGUUUCCUCUGCAACUUCCCAGAGCUCUGGAUUUUCCACAAAUGUCCAGGACCAAAAGAUUGCAAAUAUGUUUGAGCUGUCUGUUCCAUUUCGGCAGCAGCACUAUUUGGCAGGACUUGUGCUGACCGAGUUGGCUGUAAUUUUGGAUCCUGAUGCUGAGGGCUUGUUUGGAUUGCAUAAAAAGGUCAUCAAUAUGGUACACAACUUACUAUCUACUCAUGAUUCUGAUCCUCGGUAUGCUGAUCGCGAGGUAAAAGCCCGGGUGGCCAUGCUUUACCUGCCUCUGAUUGGCAUAGUCAUGGAAACCGUGCCCCAGCUUUAUGAUUUUACAGAAACACUUAAUCAGCGAGGAAGGCCAAACUGUGCAACGGUGGAUGAACAUGAAAGCGAGGGGGGAAACAUGAUCAGCCAGACAGUUGCUAUGGCUAUUGCUGGAACAUCAGUACCGCAACUCAACAGACCAAGUAGUUUUGUUCUCACAACAAACUCCGCAAGACAGCAUUCUACAUUUUCAGCCGAAUCCAGCAGAAGCUUACUGAUAUGUUUGCUUUGGGUCUUAAAGAAUGCAGAUGAGGUUGUUCUCCAAAAAUGGUUCACAGAUCUCUCUAUCCUCCAACUAAACAGAUUACUUGAUUUGCUCUACCUCUGUGUCUCCUGCUUUGAGUAUAAGGGCAAGAAAACUUUUGAACGUAUGAACAGCUUGACAUUUAAGAAAUCCAAAGAUAUGAGAGCAAAGCUUGAAGAAGCAAUUCUUGGAAGUAUUGGGGCCAGACAGGAGAUGGUCAGAAGAAGUAGAGGUCAGCUUGAGAGAAGUCCGUCUGGUAGUGCUUUUGGCAGCCAAGAAAAUCUUCGAUGGCGAAAAGAAAUGACUCACUGGAGGCAGAACACAGACAAGCUGGACAAAGGCCACAAGCCAGCAAGAUCAAGGGCAGAGUUAGACCACGAAGCCCUUAUAGAUGGAAACCUUGCAACAGAAGCAAACUUGAUCAUUUUGGAUACACUGGAAAUUAUUGUUCAGACUGUCUCUUUGACGGAAUCAAAAGAGAGUAUUUUAGGAGGGGUGCUGAAGACAUUGUUACACAGCAUGGCCUGCAAUCAGAGUGCCCUAUAUCUGCAGCAUUGUUUUGCCACACAAAGAGCCCUUGUGUCGAAGUUUCCUGAGCUCCUGUUUGAAGAAGAAACGGAGCAGUGCGCAGACCUGUGCCUCCGAUUGCUCCGGCAUUGCAGCAGUAGUAUCGGCACAAUAAGGUCCCACGCCAGCGCUUCUCUCUAUCUGCUUAUGAGGCAGAACUUUGAAAUUGGAAAUAAUUUUGCACGAGUUAAAAUGCAGGUGACCAUGUCCCUGUCCUCUCUAGUAGGAACAUCUCAGAAUUUCAAUGAAGAAUUUUUAAGGCGAUCAUUAAAAACCAUUUUAACAUAUGCCGAGGAGGAUCUGGAGUUACGUGAGACAACGUUCCCUGAUCAGGUUCAGGACCUUGUGUUCAAUCUGCACAUGAUUCUUUCAGACACGGUAAAAAUGAAAGAACACCAAGAAGACCCAGAAAUGCUGAUUGACCUAAUGUACAGGAUUGCAAAAGGAUAUCAGACCUCACCUGAUCUGCGUUUAACGUGGCUGCAAAACAUGGCUGGGAAGCACUCUGAGAGGAGCAAUCACGCAGAAUCUGCGCAAUGUCUUGUUCACUCUGCAGCUCUCGUGGCAGAAUAUUUAAGCAUGUUAGAGGAUCGUAAAUACCUUCCAGUAGGCUGUGUGACCUUUCAGAACAUUUCUUCAAAUGUUUUGGAAGAGUCUGCAGUGUCUGACGACGUUGUAUCACCUGAUGAAGAAGGCAUCUGCUCUGGAAAGUAUUUUACAGAGGCUGGUCUUGUGGGACUGUUGGAGCAGGCCGCAGCAUCUUUCUCAAUGGCUGGCAUGUAUGAAGCUGUAAAUGAAGUUUAUAAAGUACUUAUUCCUAUACAUGAAGCCAACAGAGAUGCAAAGAAACUAUCUACUAUUCACGGGAAACUUCAGGAGGCCUUUAGCAAGAUAGUUCAUCAGAGCACUGGCUGGGAGCGAAUGUUUGGGACAUAUUUCCGUGUUGGUUUCUAUGGAACCAAAUUUGGUGAUUUGGAUGAGCAAGAGUUUGUAUACAAGGAACCAGCAAUCACAAAACUAGCAGAAAUUUCUCAUAGACUAGAGGGUUUUUAUGGCGAGAGGUUUGGGGAAGAUGUUCUUGAAGUUAUUAAAGACUCUAAUCCUGUCGAUAAAUGUAAAUUAGAUCCCAACAAGGCCUUCAUUCAGAUCACCUAUGUGGAACCUUACUUUGACACCUAUGAAAUGAAGGACAGGAUCACAUACUUUGAUAAGAACUAUAACCUGCGCCGGUUCAUGUACUGUACUCCAUUCACGCUUGAUGGGAGAGCUCAUGGCGAGCUUCAUGAACAGUUCAAGCGGAAGACUAUCCUAACUACAUCACAUGCCUUCCCGUACAUCAAAACCAGAAUAAACGUCAUCCACAAGGAGGAGAUCAUUUUAACACCGAUAGAAGUUGCUAUAGAAGAUAUGCAGAAAAAGACACAGGAGUUGGCGUUUGCAACACAUCAAGAUCCCGCAGAUCCUAAGAUGCUGCAAAUGGUCCUACAAGGAUCAGUGGGAACCACAGUGAAUCAGGGACCUUUAGAAGUUGCUCAGGUGUUUUUAUCAGAAAUACCAAAUGACCCGAAACUCUUCAGACAUCAUAAUAAACUGAGACUUUGUUUUAAAGACUUCACAAAAAGGUGUGAAGAUGCACUGCGUAAAAACAAAAGUCUGAUUGGUCCAGAUCAAAAGGAAUAUCAGCGCGAAUUAGAAAGAAAUUACCAUCGUCUGAAGGAAGCACUACAGCCACUUAUCAACCGAAAGAUCCCUCAGUUAUACAAAACUGUUAUACCCGUGACCUGUCACAGGGAUUCUUUCAGCAGAAUGAGUCUACGGAAAAUAGACCUCUGAACAAAAGAUGAGGAAGCUCUAUGGACUCAAUAACCAGAAGACAAGAGACAAUGUAUUUUAGUCCUAUAUAUUGCAACUUUAUGGCCAAAGGUGGUCUUCAAUUUCACCAGUGGACUGUUCCUGGAAGCAGCAAUUAGAUAUAUUUUUUACUAGCCGCAUGUUACAACAACCAUGUUUUACCACUAUUUAUAGCAAAUCAAUGUUGAUAUUUGUUUAGAUUAUUUUUUAUUUAUAUUCAGACUGUUUCAAAUGGUAUUUUUUUAUGUUUUUAAGGUACUGUUGAAUAUGUUCAUUUUCACCAAAUUCGUGGCACAAGUAUUUCUCAGUCACAAAAGAAAUCAACGAAAUACGUUUUUUUUAGUCAUGUUUGAUAAAGGGACAGUAGCGUUAAAAUUAAACUCUAAUGAUUCAGGUAGAGCAUAUCAUUUUAAACAACUUUACAAUUUUUUUUCUCUUAUCCAAUUUUCUUCAUUCGUCCUUUGUUGAAGAGUAAAACCUAGAUAUGAUCAGGAUUGUGCAUUUGCUUUUAGAUGUCUAUGGUAGCAGUGUGUAACUACUACAAAUAUUCUUUUGAUGCCAGAAUGCUAAAGAAACGUGCACACUCCUAAGCUCCUAUGAGCCCAUCUAGGUUUAUGCUUCAACAAAGGAUAUCAAGAGAAUGUAGCACAUUUGAUCAUAGAAGUAAGUUGGAAAGUUGUUUAAAUGACUUUCUCUUUAUGAAUAAGGAAAGUAAUGUUUGCUUCACUGUCUAUUUAUUUAUCUGGCACUUGGGAUUUGCAUAGAAUAUUAAGUAUUAGCUUCUUCACAACAGGAUAUUAAUUAGAAAGCCUAGGAAUUUAUUUCUAAAAUAAACUAUUAUGUAUCUGGUGAAGAUGCGAUUUGUAAUCAUUCAAAUAAAGGCUGUAGAGAGGUUGCCUAGUACAGUACCAAUGUGUAAUAAUUCAUUUGCAAUAUUACCAUUAUGGGAUUUGCCCCAUGAUACUGAUUGGGUUUUGCCUUAAAACAUAAAAUGAUUCCUUAAUGAUUUUCAUAAUAUUUUUGUGAAUCUUGUGUAGAAUCAGUAGAGUGUAGGAAAGCACACUUUUUAGUUAAACUAAAUAGUUUAUAUAUUUCCAUUCUAAAGCCUUUGUUUGAGUCUAAAUUAGUUUUCUUAAAUCAUUCAAACGUAUUUCUUCUAAUGGUCUAUAGGUACAUAAUAUGCAUAACUACCUAAUUCAUUUAUCAAAAGCAAGUUUUAAAGGUACUGCCCCCUUUAUGCUUUUUAGAUAGAUAUUUUUAGUUUUUUAUGGUGCAAGAUUCUGUUUUCUAGCUGGAAAUACAAUUCUGCAAGAAAUAACUGCAUGCAAUACAGCAUCUGCAAAUGAUAUAACCUUGGUUUAAUAAUUGGUGUCAAAUCAUAUUUACUGAAUAUUAUUUGUUGUAUUGUUUAGACAAAAAUGUGUAAGACUAUUAAACACAUUGCGUGUAGGACAUACAACGUCACACAGUUGAAUCUACAUCUUUUUUUUGUAAUUUUAUUUUCAGUUGCAGUAUUUUUAAUGCCUUCCUGAUUAUGAAAUUAUGUAAUCUAGUAUCUGAUUUUUUUUUCUAUGUAUUGCAGUUUAACUCAUUUUUCAAGUUCGAAAAAGCAAGGUGUAAGAUUUCCAAGAUAUGUGUGAAUUAUAGAAGCUCAAAGCUGGUUUUAUUUAUUUUUCAAUUGAAAUCCCCGCCAAAAAUGUUCACUUUGUAAGGAUUUGUAAGUUCUAUACAAUGGUACUGUAAUUAUUGGGCACAUGCCUGAAGGAAAAAUGUUUUAAUGUAGAAUACAUUUCAUGUUUUUAUUCCUUAUGAUUAUUAAAAUCAUGUCCUGCUCCUGUAAUUAAAUUGAAACACAUCCUACGUCAAUGUUUAAUUGGUGUCUGUCACUUGUGUAUCCUGUUAUACGUUUUAAGUUCCUUUGACUGAUUUCUUUUCUUUUCUGUAUAAUCAGAUUCUAAAGCACAUUUAUAUAAUAUUAGGAUCUCCGUCAUUCAAUUUAAAACAAAUCAAACAUUACAUACAUUACAUGUACAUAGCAUUGUAUUGAAUCAUUAUUCACAAUAACAAAGCGCGGUUACAGAUGACAUCAUUAGCAUAAAACACAAGUAUAUUCCAGCUGUUGACAUUAAGUGUCUGUAAACGUAAUAUUUAUUAACAUUUCAUUUAUCAUAUUAAUAUAAUAGUAGUGUUUUGCCAGCAUGUAUAUUAUAUUUUCGUGCCUGAAACAUUAUAUAUAUUUGUUCUUUGAACUUACCGCAUUACACUUGUCUCUGUCCUCCCCGGUCUCAAUUCGCUGCUUGCCAUAAAGCCUAACAUUGUGCCUUAUCCAAACAAAUUUCACUAGCCCGCCCCUACCUCCGCUAAAGCUCUCCUCCUAACAUCCUUGCAUGCUCUAUCUUCACAUUCUUAUACUGUCUGCAGGGGGAGCCCUGCGAUUAUAAUGUGCAUCAUGCGCAGCACUUCAGAGACUACAUGGAACACACUCAAUGUACACUAAACGGAACACAGUAUUAUACCGCAAUAGUCCUACCGCUUUAACUAUCGAAAAAAAUUAAAAGGCCAAAUUCGGAUAGGCGGCCUGCAAGGGUCUGACCAUCCUUAGACAUUGAUCAUGGCUUUAGGAUGCAUGGUGGGUGUUGCCUGCCUAUCCCUAAGCACACAAGAUUAUUCAUUGGUUUUUCAGAUGAGGAGUAAAAUCACCCUGUAACGCUCACUUUGCUGCUAGGGUCUAACACAAGAGUAUUCAUUGGUUUUGCUCCAAGUUGUCUUGGACUAUGGCCUAAAUCUAGGGUCCUUGUUUCCCCUGACACAUUGUGUACCUUGUAUAUGCAGCUGACAUAUUUGGUGGUUAUCAGAAUGUUACCAUGGAUUCUCACCUGUUCUUGCUGCCAUCUAGUGCUCUUGCAAAUAAAUAACCUUCUUGCAAAA